AUGGAAAAGCAAAAGCUUAGUUUAGAAGAAAAAGAAGAUGAUUAUGGAAAUACAGAUAACGAGAAUGGAAUUCUCGAAGCUGAUUUCGAUUAUUCAGAGGUUUAGAAGAAUAUUACGACAAGCCUUGUAUUCUCUAAUUCUGAUAUUUCAAUUUAUCAUGCUUAUUCAAACUAGAAGCAAUACACUAUAGUAGCUUAUAUAUCAAACAUAAUUAUUUCACCUCCAACUCACAACAUUUAGAAAGUUUCUAGAUCCAAAAUAAAGUCUCAUUAAUCUAAAAUUUCAUAAAAAUGUUCUUAGGAAGAUCAAUCGCUGAAUGUUAUUUAAUCCUUUUAUGAAAAGCUCUUAUCACUUCAAACUUAAAGCUCAGACUAUAGCAAGAAUGUAAUGCAAAUUUUGCAUAUAAAGAGAGAUCUUUUAUCAUCUGUGAAUUCAUAUUUAUCUAGCGAAAUAUAAGCUAAUGUAAUUAAUAACUAAACUAGCUAAACAGCUUUUAAGUAAAACACUAAGUAAGUUGAAGAUGAAGAAGAUAUAAUCGAAGAAUCAAAAACUUCUUAUGGGAGGUAGUAGAGCUUAUUUGAUAAUUAGGAAAUAGAAUCAAUAAAAUAAAAUAAAAAGAAAGGAGCUGUAGCAGAAGAUAGAGAUGUUUUGUUAAUAUUCUUUGAAAGUUAUGAAAGAUCUAUUGAGGAAGAUAUUGCAGAAAGGAGUUUGAAUUAAAACAACAUUCUCUACGAAGAUCAUAUUCUUGAAUCUUAUAGCGAUAUGAUUGAUUGCUUUUAACUGCUAGGAAAUAAGCUUAUGCAACAUAUUACAGUAAAUAGCGAUUACUUAGUUAUUUGCAGAGAAAAACUUACAAAAAUUCUUCCUAUAUAUGAUAAAAAUAGUAUGAAUAUUUCUUAGGUUUAAUGCUUUAAUUUUAAUAAAUUAAAUUAAGCAUAUGAUCCGAAAUCAUUUUUAAAUUCUAAAAAUAAAUCGAUUGUUUCUACUAAUAAUUAUUGCUCCUCAGACUCUUCUCCAUAUGCCAAGUAAAAUGAGCAUUGUAGAACGAGAUCAAAGACAAAACAGCUAUUAUAAAUAUAGUGUUCUUAGCAGGUUAGUAAUAGCUAAUCGAAAGCUUCAAAUAAAAUAAUUUAGCAAACUAAAAAUUAAAGCUAAAGAAUUAUGACUCGUUCUGCGUCUGCGACAUUAAAAUAAUAAAUUAAAUAAGAUCAAAGAAAAGAAAUUGAUUCUUACACUUCUUCUACAAUUGAAGUAGAGAUGGUUGAUAGCAAUUGUGAAAAUGAAGAAAAGGAAUUUGAUGAAAUUGAAGAAAUCAACCAUAUUGAUAUUAUUCAAAAAAGGGGUAAGUAGCAAAAUUAAAAGGAAAAAGCGAAAUUUAAUAAUGGAAGCAACGAGAGUUUGAAAAAAUUGUAGAAAGAAGAUGAAGAAAUACAGUAGCUAUUAUCUCAAAAUGAUGAAAUUAUUUAGUAAAAUAUAAAUGGAGAUUUAGAAUAAAAUGAUGAUGAGGAUGAAGAAGAUUAUGAUAGCGAUAAUCACUAAUAAGACGGAUUAGAAGAAGAGGAGAAUAACUCAUAAAAUUUAAUUAAUUAGAGUGAAAUUGAUGAGGAAUAAGCUAUUUAAAAGUAUAGUUAUACGAAAUCUGAUAUCUCUUCAUAAAAAAUGCUCACAAGAAUGAGAUUGGGUUAAAAUAAAAUUUUAGAAGCUCAAAAUUAAAUGAAUAGCUUUUAAAAAUAAGAUAGAUAAAACAUUUUUAUGAUUAAGGAAUUAAGUAAGCACAACGAUUUAACAGGAGAAAUCAACGCUAGUCAGAACGAUUUGCUUUAAGUAGAAAAAAAAGUUAUGGAAGAGCUUUCAAUAAUUUACCUCAGACUUAGCGCAUUUUUGACAUCAGUAAAAUUCAAUCCUCAGAAAAAAAAUAAAGAACAGAGAAUUAUGCAGAUAAUUAAAUCGUUGAUUGAAUAUAAAAUAUCUUCUCUCUUCACAGACAUAUUUUUUAAUUCUUGUUUGUCAAUGAAUUUUAAUUUAACCUAUUCGUCUUUGAAAGAAAUGGUUAAUUAGUACAGAAUGCAAAAAGUUAUUGUAGAGAUAUCAGAAAAUACCGACCUUUCCUCCAUAAUUAGCUAACUUAGAGAAAAAACUGAUAUAGCUAUUAGCUACAAAGAUAAAUCAUUAGUUAAGUUAGAAGAGCUAGAGACUAGUUUAUGCUAAAAUUUAUUUUGUAAUCCUUAAACGUGCUAAUAAAAGUCACUUGAUGAUAUUAAUUAUAAUAGACGCAAUAUAGAUUAUAAUUGCAAUAAUAAAAAGGAAAAAAGUAAAUAAGAUAAAGAAGGGUAUGGAUUGAAUUAAAAGUUAGAAGAUUCGGAAGCUAUGGAAAUAGAGGUAGAAGAAGAAGAAGCUACUGCAACAUAAUAUAACUACGCUAAUUAUCCUAGCUUUUCUUUCUUGCUAGGAAACGAGUGGUAUACUUAGAUUACUUCUUUUGAAUUUAAGGCUGAUUUAUGCAGAUUAGGUGAUGAAGGAACUCUUAUGAUUUCCAAUAUUCUAGAAAGGAUACCUCCUCUCUAGCUAAAGCAUUUGAUUCUAUCAUUAAGAAGAAAUAGUAUUUCUGAAUAAGGAAUUUAUGGUAUUUCGAAGUAUGUAGAAAAAUGCAAGUAUUUGCAAACAUUUAGAAUAUUUUUCUCUUACAAUAGAAUUAGAGAUGCUGGCUUAGCUAGCAUUUUAAGAAGUAUUGCUACUUUAGACUAGCUUUAAGUUCUUGAUUUAAGAUUCUUUGAUAAUUAAAUUACAGCAGAAGGAUGUAAAGGGUUUUAGGAUCUAUAAGAUGUAAAUUUCAAAGAUAUUAAGUAUUUAAAUAUGAGUUUGGGAAAUAAUUAGAUUGGAGAUGAAGGUUGUCGCUUACUUUCACUCUUUUUAUGCAAUAUCCGUAAUGUCAAAUAACUUUCUAUUUUCUUGGAAUCUAACUAAAUCAACUCUGCCGGAAUAGCUCAUCUUAAAAAUGUAUUUCUCCGCAAAAACUAAAUUAAAUACCUCAUUUUGCAUGCUCUCAGUAACAAAAUAGAAGAUGAUGGAAUUAUUAAAAUCCUAGAAAAUAUUGCUAAGCUAACAACUUUACAAUCGCUGGAAAUUAUUUUAAAUGAAAACUCCCUCACUGAAAAAGCAGGAAUAGCAUUAGGAAAAACAAUAGAAAAUAUGGUUAAUCUUACUUCUCUCAUAUUGAGUGUGCGCAACAAUAAAAUUUCAAAUAAAGGCGUUAACUCUAUUGGAAAUAACCUAAAAAAUCUUAAAAACUUAGAAUCACUUGUUUUAAGUUUGACUAACAAUAACAUAUAAGGAGAUGGAGGCGUUUUAAUUGGUAAAAAUCUUAAAUAUCUAACUAGACUCUAAAAACUCCAUUUGGUCUUUUACGAAAAUCAAAUCAAUCACAAAAGUGGAAAAGCUAUUGGAGAAGGUUUAAGUAACCUUAAAGACUUAAAUUAUUUAAUUUUAGGCAUAGGCGAUAACAAUGUUGGAGACGAAGGAGCUGUGGCUAUCGGAAAUUGCAUGCUCAACCUUACAAAAGUUAAAAUAUUUGAAAUAUACCUACAAAACAAUGAGGUUGGCUCUAAUGGUGCAAGUGCUAUUGCAAAAGGAUUAUCAAAUAUGAGAAAUUUAAAGUGCUUAGUGUUUCAAAUAUAACACAGCGAGCUUGGCGAUUAACCUAUGAUUGAAUUAGGAAGAUCUUUGUAAAAUUUAAAAUAACUUAAAAGCUUAGAUAUCUACGUAGAAAGAUGCAAUAUUGGAGAGGAAGGAGGAUAUUCUUUGGGAAAGGGAUUAUAUCAUCUUUAAAACUUAAAAGUGAUGGUACUUGAUUUAGACUCUAAUGGAAUAGGACCUAGAGGAGGUAAGGCAUUAGGAGAAGCCUUUGCUAAUAUGCAUGGACUCAUCGAUUUAAAACUCUAUUUAAAAAAGAAUAAUAUGAUGCCUGAGGGUGGUUAAGGCCUUUUUGAGGGUAUUUAACACCUCAAAAAGCUAAAAAGCUUGAACAUAGAUUUGUAUAAAAAUUACACUGGUGAUAAUAGUAUUAUAACAUGCGGUAGAGCUUUAACUUUCUUGAAAGAACUAAGGAAUCUUGAACUUAGUAUUACAUACAAUGUUAUUACCUAAGUAGGAGCUUAGCAGUUCUCUGAGUAUUUUGGUUAGUGCACUUCUCUUCAUGAGGUUUAUCUCUACAUGUAAAAAAAUAAUAUUACUCCACAAGGAGCUGAGUAUAUUGGAAACGCCCUUAGCUGCAUCAAAGAUUUGUAAUAGCUAAAAAUCUCGUUUGGCAAUAAUAGAAUAGAAAACUAAGGAAUCAGCAAUCUUAUAAAAGGAGUUUCUGCUUGUGAAUAGCUUAGAGUGCUGUAUCUAUAUGCAUAUAAUAUUGGUAUGACUGGCGAAGGAUGCAUUUAGAUUGCUUAAUAUUUAAAAAAGAUGAAAAAGUUAGAAAGAUUUGAGUUUUUCCCAAGUGCAAAUAAUUAAAUAAAUUUAAGAAAUGGGUUGGCACAAAUUGCAUAAACUGUCAUAGAAAAUCAUGAAACGCUUUAGAAUGUUAGAGUUGAUAUUCCUUAUUGGGAUGAGAAAAUAAAAACAUUUAUCAAGCCACGCACAAACAAUCAAAUUUAAACAAUGCAAACGAUUCUAUUCAACAGGUAUAUCUCAAACUACAUGAUAUACAAUCCUAAAGCCAUACACUGGGAUUUCUUCAUCGAUUGA